CAGGAGUCUCUCAUAACGCUCAAGGCAGCCAACAACUACGCGGCAUCCCUUGUUGAUUUACAGAGCUUCGAAGAAGCCAAGCAGCUGCUGCGCAAAAUAAUGGCCAUAGCGCGACGCGUUCUUGGGGACAGGCAUAGACUCACGCUCAAGAUGAGGUGGACUUUCGCGACGGCGCUCUGCCGGGCCGACGGCGCGACGCUCGACGAUGUCCGCGAGGCCGUGGCGACGCUCGUGGAGACGGAACGGACCGCGAGACGCGUGCUUGGUGGCGCGCAUCCGCUCACAUCGGGAAUUGAGAACAAUCUACUACUCGCGCGAGCCGCGCUCCGCGCCCGCGAAACGCCUUCGUCGCCGGGGAGUGCUUGA